AUGUCGUUCGCUUCUCGCCCCUUCCCCAUCCUCCUCCUCUCUCUCCUCAUCACCUUCUUCUCUCUCUGCUCCGCCGAGAUCCGGUCCUCCUCUGUCCGAUCCGACUGGCGACCCAUCAUCCCCUUCGACGAGUUCGGAUUCACCCACAAAGGCCGCCUCGAGCUCAACGUCUCCAAAAUCGCCCUCUCGGAUCACCCCAACCCGAAUCCGGACCUCUCCAAAGUCGGGUUCUUUCUCUGUACCCGAGACUCCUUGAUCCAUGUCUCCCAGCAGCUCGAAGAAGGCGAUGUACGGUGCGCGCUAGAUUCGAACCUCGUCAAGCGCGUCUACACCUUCGACUCUCUUAAGGGCGGCCGUGAAUUCUCCACCGUCUUCUCCGAGACCGACGCCGAUCAGUACAUGCUUCUCUUCGCCAACUGCCUUCAGCAGGUCAAGGUCUCCAUGGACGUCAAAUCGGCGAUGUACAACCUCGAAGGGAAGGAAAACCGCCGCGAUUAUCUCUCCGCCGGUAAAACAAUUCUCCCUAGGGUUUACUUCUUCUUCUCUUUAGUCUACGCUGCUCUUGCCGGUUUGUGGAUCUUCGUGCUCUAUAAGAAACGACUUACCGUUUUUGGAAUCCAUUUCUUUAUGCUCGCUGUUAUAAUUCUCAAAACUUUCAACUUGCUAUGUGAGGCUGAGGACAAGUCGUAUAUCAAGCGCACUGGUAGCGCUCAUGGCUGGGAUGUGUUGUUCUACAUCUUCAGCUUCUUAAAGGGUGUCAUGUUGUUCACUCUCAUCGUUCUGAUUGGAACUGGGUGGUCGUUUUUGAAACCCUUUCUACAAGACAAGGAGAAGAAGGUUUUGAUGAUUGUGAUUCCGCUUCAGGUCGUAGCCAACAUUGCCCAGGUUGUGAUUGACGAGACUGGGCCUUUUGGGCAUGAUUGGGUUACUUGGAAGCAGGUGUUUUUGCUUGUAGAUGUUGUUUGUUGCUGUGCUGUCUUGUUUCCGAUUGUGUGGUCUAUUAAGAACUUGCGUGAGGCUGCUAGGACUGAUGGCAAAGCUGCUGUGAAUUUGAUGAAGUUGACUUUGUUCAGGCAGUACUACAUUGUGGUUAUAUGCUACAUUUACUUUACACGGGUUGUAGUUUAUGCAUUGGAGACUAUCACUUCAUACCGGUACCUUUGGACCAGUGUGGUUGCCGCAGAGUUGGCCACGCUUGCUUUCUACGUGUUUACCGGGUACAAGUUCAAGCCGGAGGCGCACAACCCGUACUUUGUGAUUGAUGAUGAGGAGGAAGAGGCUGCAGCCGAGCAGCUGAAGCUUGAGGAUGAGUUCGAAUUGUGA